CCUUUCACUCCCGAUAGUGCCUUCGAUAGGGCCCAACCCCCCCAUUUUCCGGAUAUCACCACGCUCACGAAUAAGGGCACGUCCUCGCUAUCAAUCACGGCGCUUGCUCGCUUCGAAUUUGAGGCCGGAAAGGGUAACGAUGGCACCAAGAUCCUCAUGGUCGAGUGGGAGGACGAUCACCAGAGCCGGUCGAGAGCGUCCGGCGAAGGCGGCGGCUCGUGGCAUGUCUUUUGGGAUGGCAAGACGACUGUUCUCCCUGCCGACGAGCAGACGAGCGAAAAUACACGCCGGUUCUAUUUCCUGCUACCACCGAACGUGACUAUUCCUCCCGUAGUGACCCUGUCGUUUGAACCGGCGAACCAGUCCGCACACAAAACAGACGAGGCGACAACAACAACAACAACAAACGCCAUCCAGCUUAACCCAUUACCAGCGAUCUUCCCUCCGGAACUAGGCGUCACCGGCCGCUCGGCGGGCAAGAAGGGCGUUCUACACACAAUCUGGGCGAAGAAGCGGUUGCGGGUUUUGGAGAAGGAGAUCCGCGAGGAAUGUCUUAAAAACGCCGAGGGGAUCGCACUGCAUAUGGCCCUGCAGGAAAAGGAAUGGAUCGAGUCCAAUUUCGGGGUCACCUCGCGAAGUCACUCGUCCACCGCGGUCUAUCCCACAGGGCCCGUGACGCCAGUGUCGCCUGUGUCUCCUGUGAGCGGCCGGAGACUGGCAGAUAAGCUAAUGGGAUUGAAACUGCAAACUGGCGAGAAGGACCUGGCUUCCCGCAGCGACUCUCCUGCUGCCCACCUUCUCUCGCCACAAUCUCCCGAUGUCGCCGUCUCUUCAUUCAGUUCAUUCCGACCCAUUCCACAGUCACAACUACAACCGCAGAAGUUGCAGACUGCAGCUGCACCGGCUACUUCUACUGCUGUAUGGGCCAGUGAUGUAUCGAUAGUGGCCCAGUAUCCGCCCGAAUCACUCCAACGCGCGCAGAUCGCGAGCGGCAGUGGGUUCGCGUCCAUGGCACCACCGCCCACAGAGAGCCCCGAGUCCAGCGACGACCUGUUCGCCAAAGCCCUCAGCCCCCGAUCGCCGGAUCUGCCGCAGAGUCCGUUCUCUUUUGCUCCG